CAAAUCGCUAAACUUAGUUUCUGCAAUGCAUGUGGAAAUUGUGCAAUAAACAGAGCAGGUCUAUCAAGGGUGGUAUUCAAAGAAACAAACGCAUUGCAAGUUCUGCAAGAAUAACCACACAGGAAGAACAGAAACUGAAAAUCCUCCUCGACUUUUAUCUACAUUAAGAAGCGCUGGUAAACCCUGCCCCUCUCAGCGUCCAUUUUGGGGAAAGCAGGAAGUUGUCUUGUGGGGAAAACCUCAUGACGAACCGAACUGAGCUGAUCAAAUAUCCACAAAUACAUGCAUCGGUAUUUGUUUUUGUUUGAAUGAUUGUUCGUUGAAUAUUUUGCUCGUCUACAGGCGGAUCCGACCGUUUGUUUCGCAGCUGUUUACGGUCAAACUUGACGCCCGCGUCGGAGAGGUCGCGACGAUAACCGGAGUGCGACAUAAAACCCAGCAGGUCAGAAUGGCGGAUGACUUCGAUGUUGAGGCCAUGCUGGAAGCGCCUUAUAAAAAGGGUGAAAGCAAGUCCUCCAGCGCCAAUGGUCAUAAUGAGGAACGCAGCAAAAAGAAAAGACGCAGCAGCAGUCGUAGUCCGAGCCCAGGUCGGCAGAGGAGUAGAAGCGGGGGCCACAAGAAGACCCGCGAGCAACGCAGGAGCCGUAGCCGGGAACGGAAGCGUUCACGGAGCAGAGAGCGCAAGCAGUCGCGAUCCCGCAGCAGGGAUCGUGGUGGACGUCACCGUGGACACAAAAGCCCCUUUAUGGGGCCGAAAUUAAAUGGUGGUCCCGGAGGAAAGACUGGCCCACAGCAUUUCACCAAACACAGUCGCAGGCACUCUCGGAGCAGAAGCCCGUUUAAAAAGGACAAAAGCCCUGUCAGAGCUUUUGUAUCAAUUUUUUUUAAGGUCCGUGACGUAAGGAUGAUCUCGGAUAGAAACUCUCGGAGGUCAAAGGGCAUUGCCUACAUUGAGUUUGUGGAGGCGACAUCGGUACCGUUGGCAAUCGGCCUGACAGGGCAGAGGGUUCUGGGAGUGCCUAUCAUAGUCCAGGUUUCACAGGCUGAGAAGAACAGGGCAGCAGCCAUGGCCAGCAUGCUCCAGAGAGGUGGUGCAGGGCCCAUGCGGCUGUACGUGGGCUCCCUGCACUUCAAUAUAACUGAGGACAUGCUCAGGGGCAUUUUUGAGCCAUUCGGAAAGAUUGAGGGCAUUCAGCUAAUGAUGGACAGUGAGACUGGCAGGUCGAAAGGAUAUGGCUUCAUAUCAUUUGCAGAUGCAGAAUGUGCUAAAAAAGCCCUGGAGCAGCUAAAUGGUUUCGAGCUUGCGGGACGGCCAAUGAAGGUGGGUCAUGUUACUGAGCGUUCGGAUGCCUCCUCUGCAAGCUCCUUCUUGGACAAUGAUGAACUGGAGAGAACUGGCAUUGACUUGGGCACGACAGGUCGACUUCAGCUGAUGGCAAGACUGGCAGAAGGUACAGGACUGCAGAUUCCUGCUGCUGCCAAGCAGGCCUUACAGAUGAGCGGCUCUGUGGCGUUUGGAAAUCUGGUGAAUGCCUCAACCACACAACCUCUUCUUUCCAAUCCUGGAAUGAACCAAGCUAUGAACCUUCCAAAUCAGCCACUGGCCACGCAUUGUUUACAGCUCUCCAACAUGUUCAGUCCACAGACGGAAAACGAACCUGGCUGGGACCUGGAGAUAAAGGAUGAUGUUAUCGAAGAGUGCAGAAAACACGGAGGCGUUGUUCACAUAUACGUCGACAAGAACUCUCCUCAAGGAAAUGUUUUUGUAAAGUGUCCAACCAUCCCAGUAGCAAUGGCUGUUGUCGGCGCCCUGCACGGCCGGUGGUUUGCAGGUAAAAUGAUCACAGCUGCCUAUGUGCCUCUACCUACGUACCAUAACCUGUUUCCAGAUGCUGCCACAGCCACAGAGCUCCUGAGGCCCAUGCACCGAUGAUCCAGACAGCGACCCCUGCCUCUUACUGACCCUGCUUCAUCUGGAACUGUACACCCCCUUCCCAAAUGAACUGCUGUGGGCCAGAGGAAGUCCUGUCAUGGAGGGCCACCUCAUGUACGAAGUUAGAAUUCACAGUUGGACUGUAUAUUGAUAUUGUAUUUAACAGGGGUGUUGAUCUACAGAUAGAAACACCCUCUCUGUGUUUCGCUUAUAAUAGCAAAAGCAAGCUUUAGACCAGCUCUCGGCUUUAUGUAUAGUGGUCUGUUGAUAAGUGAACAACUGUAACACCGUCGCCCUCUCUAGAUGAACUCUUGACUCCUGAAAACCGGAUUUGAAGGAGAUUCUGGCAUUUUUUGAAAGGUAUUUGAGCAACUUUCUGUUUGUUUGAUUUUUCUUGUAAGAUUUCUUCAUCUGUUUGAUCUUCAGUCAAGAAAGUUUUUGUCUGUCUUCAUCUUUUCAUGACGGACAAUGUGUUGUGAACUACUGGUUCAUUUUCUGUUCUGUUUCUUCAUUUUUAAGCAACAAAAUACAACCAAAAAAA